UGCGGGCUCUGUCCUCUCCCCCGCCAGCUCCGGACAGUGCAGGCUGUAGGGGGCCGGGCAUGUCUUCCCAUUUGACCACCUUCCUGGCCCUUGCGCUCUGCCUGAGCCGAGAGCUCCACGCACAGCACGGGGUCCUGCCCAGACCCUCCAUCCAGGCAGAACCGGGCUCUGUGAUCCCCCGGGGGCAGCCUGUGAACAUCGUGUGCCAGGGACCCACUGUGUUUGCCACAUUCCGCCUGGAGAAGAAGGGAACAAGUUCAUAUAAAGAUGAGAACCCAGGUCAGGAGACGCAGGCCAAGUUCACCAUCGCUGAGGCGGAUGAAGACACUGCCGGGCUCUAUCACUGCCGCUAUCAUACCUCCGCCGGCUGGUCUGAACCCAGUGAGGACCUGAAGCUGGAGGUGACAGAAGACCCACAGAUGCAGGAGGACGACAGUAGCAGUCCAGGUCUGUCGACAGAGCAUGUUUUUAUCCUCACUGGGGUCUCCGUGGCCUUGUUCCUUUGUGUCCUCCUCCUGGCCCUCAUCUUCCUCUAUUGUUGGCACCAGAAAAAACACAGGCCCCCCAGCUGCGAAGGUGAGGAGCAGAGGCCCCAGGAGAGGGUCAGCCCGGCCGUUGACAUGCUAGAGAGGACACCAGAUCUGGCCACAGUAGACAGACUUCCUGAAAAGGACGGGGAAAUGCGCGCCCCGACCCCGACAGCAGGAGGCCCCCCGGACGUGACCUAUGCUCAGCUGGACCAGCACAUCCUCGCACAGAGGACAGCCCGAGCCGCACCCCCACGGUCCAUGGAGCCCACGGCUGACUUCAGCACAUAUGCAGCCCUCUCCAGACGCUGACUCCAGGCCCAGCAGGCCUCUGCCCCUUGACACACAGGAAGCCAUUCCCGCAGAAGCGUGGACUGGCCAUUUGGAGGGCCUCUGAAUGGGAUCAUCCUUUCCCGGAAAGCCACACAUUCAGAUUUCCUGGAAGCAAGCGCUGGAGUCAUGAGGCCCCCAGUCAACAUCUAGAAGACUUGGGAGCCAUGUGGUCCCCCCGAAAAUCAGCUAGAUCCCUGAGAGAACGUGUAGCACUUACUUCCAAAGACCCAGCUACAGACUCCUGGCUGUUUCCAGAGACCCAGGUAUAGUCACUUGACUGUUUCCAGAGACCCGCUAUGGUCCCGCAGUCACGCAGAUGGAUUCCAGAUGUGUCCUGUGCAUCCCUAACUGCCCCCAGAAGCUCUGUUUAAAUUGUCCACUCUGCUGACUCUAAAGACCUUCCAGAAUUCUGAAGCUGACCUUGAACCUAUACUUAGGAAGCAUAGCUGAGACCCUGUUUUCUGGAUUAUGCUUCUCUUUGUUCAUCAAUAAAAGUUCUUACAGGCCGUCCCUGCAGCAGCCCUGCGCAGGGAGGUUGGUCCUGGUCUCUGCUCGAAGCUCAGAGCAGGAAAAAAGACAAA